GGGGAUAGAUGGAAUGGAAUGGGAUGGGAUGAUUAUUAUUGUUAUUAUUGUAUUCAGGUGAAUCGUGAUGGAAUUGGAUUGGAUUGCAUUCAUGUGAUUGGAACCGGGAGCUGGGAACUAGGAACUGGCGGCUUCGUUGUGUGGUGGAAAUGUGGGUGCGGGUUGGGGGGUUUUGUAUUUGUAUUUACGUCUCCAUUUACAUCUACAUUUACGAAGUCAUAAGAUUAUCUUCCUACGGAUCUCUUUUGAUUUUCCAAUCUUGCGUUUUUUGUUUUUUUUAUAAUCUCAUUUCUCAUAUCUAGAUACUUCAUAUCUUGCAUAUGUUCGAAUGUUCUUUUGAUCUCAUUCCCUUGGAUAUCUAUCUAUAUCGUAUACGUAACAGCAUAGUUUCUGACCCGGACCCCGCAAUCAUUGGGACAAAAGUAUCUCGUAUCAACUUUCCGAAAUCGCAAUGUCAUCAUCACCACAAAGGCAAAUACCCAUUAUCAUCGGAGUAGGCGAUGUGAUAAAUCGGUCCCUGGAAGUCGAAGAUGCGAUUGAACCAUUAGGACUCAUGGUGCAAUCUCUCUCGAAAUCAUUUUCGGAUACCGGGAUCUCUGAUGAUGGAGAGAAAUUGACGCUGUUGAAAAAAAGUGUGGAUGAUGUGCGGGUGGUGCGGAAUUGGACUUGGCCGUAUGCGGAUGUGUGUCAGAGGGUAUUGGAUGGGAUUCUGGGUGAGGAAAAGAGAGGGGAUGGGAAUGUGGGAAAGGUAGUGUAUAAAGAGGAAUCGGAACAUGGGGGCAAUUCGCCGGUGAAAAUGUUGGAUGAAGCGUGUCGGAGGGUGGGAAGGGGGGAGUCGAAAGUGGCGGUUGUGGUUGGGGGAGAGGCGUUGGGAAGUUUGAUUUCAUCGGCAUCAAAGACUGGUACAUACCCCUCGCACUGGACACCACCAGCUAGCGACCCAAGAAAGAUUUUGGCUUUGCAGGAGGGCGUCGAGACACUAGGAACAAUCCAUCAAAUCGGGCUCCCAAUACACGUUUACCCGCUGUACGAAAAUGCGUUUCGGGCCCAUCGCCACCAAUCCCAAUUAGAUAAUAGUGCUGAAUCUGCAAAACUGUACGCACAAUUUGCUGCUGUGGCAGCUGAGAAUGAAUUUGCUUGGAAUAAGGAGUCUGCGGGAAGAUUAAGUGAGGAGAGUAUUGGAAAGGUAGGGAGGGGAAAUAGAAUGAUCUGUUGGCCUUAUCCCCUUCUAAUGAAUGCAUUCAACAACGUCAACAUGGCCGCAAGUUGCAUCAUUACUUCUGUUUCUUUUGCUACCGAGCUGGGUAUUCCAGAAGAUAAAUGGAUAUAUCCAUUAGGUGGUGCUGGGAUGCGCGAGAAAGAUAAUUUUUGGGAAAGACCCAACUUUUAUUCUAGCGAGGCUUUAGAAACAUCACUUGAUUCGGCAUUGGAUGUUUCGGGCUUAGAGGCGAAGGAUAUAGAUAUUUUUGAUUUCUAUUCAUGUUUUCCAAUAGUCCCGAAGUUGGCAGCUCAUCACUUGAAGAUUCCUUUUUUGAAUCCUCCAAGACCGAUUACUUUGCUGGGAGGCCUGACAUCAUUUGGCGGCGCCGGGAACAAUUACAGUCUACAUGCAAUUACAGAAAUGACGCGACAACUUCGUAGCAAAAAGGGUCAAGUCUCUGAUCGCAAGAAUGCUGGAGUCUUGAACGGUCUCAUUUUAGCAAAUGGAGGAGUAUUGACAUAUCAACAUGUUGUUUGUCUAUCCACCAAACCAAGAAGUGAUGGAAAGGAAUAUCAGAAUGGAAAUCCUUGCGCAAGUAUUGUACAGAGUGUUACUAGUAAUGACAAAAACGACUUGGAUAUUGUCGGUUCGGAAGGAGUCAAGAACGGAGUAUGGGAAGGGAUAAUCGAGACAUAUACGGUACAAUUCUCGAGGAAAAAUGAGCCCCAAACCGGAUUUGUAGUAGGGAGAUUGAAGCAGACAGGAAAGAGAUUUUUAGCAAAUGUUGCAGAUAGCAAGACAUUGAGAAAUUUGGUUAAGGAAAGUGAAGAGGAGAUCAUCGGGAAAGGGGGCUGGAUAUGGAAAGAGGAGGACGGAAAGAGAAAUUUGUUUGGGUUUGAGAGGGGGGCUAAUCUGUGAUCGAAGAAAUUCAGAAGAUAAACUGCUGUUAAAGACAAAUGAAGGGAAAACUUGUUUUGAUUCAAUGGAGAUAUUAGAUCGUGAUGGCGAUGUAAAUUUGUUGAACAAUACGGGAACAUGAGUCUUGGAGAUUCACAAAUUGAGAUAUGGGUGUGAGAGUGGUCGGUCAUUUAAAAAAGAUAGGCGUACGUUUCUCAAAGUGAAAGCAAUACGGCAACGAAAGAAGAAGAACCCUGAAUAGUCGGGAUAUUGUAAGAAAGACCUCAGUGAUAGAUAUCCGUAUACUCCGCAAUCAAGAGAAUCCCGGUGAUAUCCGCGGAUAUUGCAUCGUGUGCCAAGCACUAAUUGAGAAUAAGAAUACA